AACCUGCAGGAUGUCUCUGUGAAUACUAUAAAAUAGUGUCCUUUUUCGAUAGUUAAAUAAUUAAAUGAGGGAAAUGAAAUAUUGCGGCUUCCAUUUUAAUUUUCGAGCGCACGAAAGAACUGUUUUGGGGUUAACAAGAGCGUCACUGGUAAGAAAGGACUAAAAUGGAUAGCUAUCGCCAGGAGAAAGUACAGAAAUUUGAGGAUUUUGUUGAUUGUCGAUUGAAACCUGACCUUGUUCGUGCUAUUGGUGAACGGGACAAAUUAUUUGAACAACAAAAGAUUUUCUCAGAUUUGCGAAAGAACAUAGAAAAUUUAGAGAGAAAUAGUGUAACAAGUCUUAGGACAUUUGUGAAUCUUGGCUCCGAAGUGUACAUGCAAGCUGAUGUGCCAGAUACUCAGCGUAUAUUUGUGGAUAUUGGACUUGGAUUCCAUGUGGAAUUCACCUGGUCUGAAGCUCUAAAUUACAUAUCAGAGAGGGAAGGGAAAUUAUCCAGGCAAAUAGAGGAGUAUACUAAACUAAUUGCAUCAAUUAAAGCCCAGAUCAAACUGGUUUAUGAAGGUAUUCGUGAGUUACUCGAACUGCCAGCUGAGAGAAGUGUACAAGAGCCUGUAUUUUAGGAUAUGUGGACUUGAAAUGUAUAUUUAAGUUAUUUUACUGGUCUUUAUCAUCUGCACUUUAAGAUGAUGAAAAGCAUGGAACCAAAACUUUAAACUUAAUGGGAAGGAUUAAUCUUAUUCAAGCUA